UUCCACCCAGCCACACCUCCAUUGUUCCGCGCAGGAGGUAUCCCUGUUGUCUACAUCCAUCGCCCCGGUGGCCGUUGGCCGUCUGCCUUCGAUCGUCGACUCGUCGGCGGCGUCUCCAAUUUGUUGUUGUUGUUGGUCCCUCGCCUGCAUCCCGGAUUGCCCUGUCCUGUAUCCUGCCUCUCGGCUCCAUAGUCGCGGUCUCGAUCUACUUACUGUAGGUGGAUUCGCUUUCGCAGAACAGAUGCCGCCAAACUCGAGAAACUUCGUCGCAUGUCAUUCGCCUUGCCCGUCUCCGAGGUGGAGGCUGAUCUUAACCCAUGUCUUUCUAGCAUCCUUAGUCGUCGUCGCAUCUCUCUCUCUCUCUCUGCCUCCACUGGAAGUGUUCGUUUCCAUGCACGUAACACGGCGAGGGCCUUCCAUCUCAGAUGGCAUGUAAUCCCCUUGCCUGUUCCCGUUUGGCAUAUAAGUCAAACCCCCUCCCAGACACCCUCGGAUUGAGUUUCUCUGCCUCUCGCGCUUCCCAUCCUUCCCAGCAGGAACCCAAGUCCAACGAUUCCGUUCCCAAUCUUUAGGGAGUCGAACCUUGCCACUCGUUUCUUCUGGGGCUCAGAGUAAACAUCAUGACCGGUGUCAUUCAGUCGUCCGAAAUCGCGGGCAUGGAGUCCAACGUCCAGCCCAACGUCACCGCUGCAGAGGCCAGGAACAACAAGACCUCGGGCGGAAACGCCGCUUUCCACAACUUCAACAACGACUUCGCACAUAUCGCUGACGCCAACGAACGCCGUCGUCUGGCACUGGCCGAGAUUGACAAGGCGCCUUUCGGCUGGUACCACGUCCGUGCCAUCGUCGUCGCCGGCAUUGGUUUCUUCACCGACUCGUAUGACAUCUUCACCAUUGGCCUCGUCACCUCCAUGUUGGGUAUAGUGUACUUUGGAGGCACCCUACCUGCGGAACACGAUACCGCAAUCAAGGUUGCAACAUCCGCCGGCACCGUUGUCGGCCAACUUGGUUUUGGUAUUCUCGCCGACAUUGUCGGCCGCAAGAAGAUGUACGGUGUCGAACUGAUCAUCAUCAUUGUCGCCACCCUCGCCCAGGCUCUCUCGUCUGCCUCCCCUUCUGUCUCCAUCGUCGGCCUCAUCGUUUUCUGGCGUAUCAUCAUGGGCAUCGGAAUCGGCGGCGACUAUCCUCUUUCUGCCAUCAUCACCUCCGAGUUCGCCACGACCAAGUGGAGAGGCUUCAUGAUGAAUGCCGUGUUUGCCAACCAAGGUUUUGGCCAGCUUGCUGGUGGCAUCAUGCUCCUCAUCGUCACGGCCGGUUUCCAGGGAUCCCUCGAGACUGCCGCUAAGCCUGCUGCGUGCUCUACCACUGAGCCUUGCCUGAUGGCCGUCGACAAGAUGUGGAGAACAAUGAUUGGUUUCGGUGCCGUCCCUGGAUGCAUUGCGCUCUACUUCCGCCUCACCAUUCCCGAGACGCCUCGAUACACCUUUGAUGUCGACAAUGACGUACACAAGGCCGAGGGCGACGUCGACCAUUACAAGCAGGGCAAGUGGGGAGAAUCUCAGGUUGACGAGGCCACCCGCGUCGUCGCCCGCCAAGAGGCCAAGUCGCAGCUCGAAGUCCCCAAGGCGUCGUGGGGUGACUUCUUCCGCCACUACAGCGUCUGGAAGAACGCCAAGGUUCUUAUCGGCACCGCCGGUUCGUGGUUCUUUCUGGAUGUCGCCUUCUACGGCCUCGGGUUGAACAACGCCAUCAUCCUCAAUGCCAUCGGGUGGUCUGGCGGCAAGGAUGUGUACCACAUCUACUACAAGACGGCUGUCGGCAACCUGAUUCUUGUCUGUGCCGGUGCCGUCCCCGGAUACUGGGUUUCCGCCGCUCUCGUCGACACAAUCGGACGCAAGCCCAUCCAGCUUUUCGGCUUUUUUACCCUCACCCUCCUCUUCUGCGUCAUCGGCUUCGACUACUGGAACCUGUCCGGAACUGCUCUGAUGGUCCUGUACACUCUGGCGCAGUUCUUCUUCAACGCCGGUCCCAACUCGACGACAUUCAUUGUCCCUGGAGAGUGCUUUCCGACAAGGUAUCGGUCCACCUCUCACGGUAUUUCCGCCGCCUCGGGCAAGAUUGGUGCCAUUAUUGCGCAGGUUGUCUUUGGACCGCUCAGGACCAUUGGAGCCGACAGUGCCCGUGCCAAGACGGACCCGAGAUGGAGCACGCCGUGGCUCAACCACAUCAUGCAAAUUUUUGCCCUUUUCAUGCUUUGUGGUUUCUUCACAACCUUGUUGAUUCCGGAGACGGCAAGGAAGACGUUGGAGGAGCUCUCCGGCGAGGAUGAUCUGGCCACCAGUGCUAUCCCUGUCCACGGACAUAACGAGGAGAAGCGAGUUGAGGAGGGGGCCGCCGCUGGAUCCGUCUGAACGUGGUCGAGUUUUGGUGGAAAGUCAUUUUUGUAGCCGUCGUAGCCGCUGUUUGAAAAGCGAUCGAUACCCGUAGUGUAAAACUAGAUAAUUAGAAGAAGUCUUCUGCAGAUAAACUGCAGAUGUAAUUGAC